CCAGUCGUUAGACAUCCUCUGUCGUGGUUGCAUUACCGUUAGGAAGUUCCCUGUUGGAUAGACAGCGUUCUUUCUGAUUUUACAUUUCCCUCGUUGCGGAUGUGCUUAAUCUGAAGUAACAGGAGAAAAUUGAGCGACCAAUAACCAUGGAGAACGCGAAGGAGGAGACGAUAAACAUGCAGCUGAUCGGUUCCGAGAGUCCGUACAAAGUUAAUAAUGAAAUCGCCGGAAGUGGUAUAAAUGCAUCGGAAGUGCCAACAUCACCAACCGCAAACGUAGAAGACUACGACCCCCAUAAACAUCGAAACAGGCCAAAUCCAACUUCAAAUGCGGAAACGCUGAUACAUUUACUGAAAGGAAGUCUUGGAACAGGGAUUUUAGCGAUGCCGAACGCAUUCUGCAACAGUGGACUUGUUACCGGUGUGAUAGCCACAGUGAUCAUUGGAGUGUUAUGCACUUAUUGUUUGCACGUACUAGUGAAAGCUCAGUACAGACUGUGUAAACGGUUAAGAGUUCCUAUAUUGAGUUAUCCGUUGAGUAUGAAGUACGCUCUCGAGGAAGGUCCUGUGUGUGUCAAAUGGUUCGCACCUUAUGCACCAGGACUCGUAGACGGGUUCAUGAUAGCGUAUCAAUUGGGAAUAUGCUGCGUUUAUAUCGUAUUUGUAGCGUCGAAUAUCAAGCAGGUGGCAGACCAGUACUGGGAACCUUUGGAUGUUAAAACCCACAUGCUCAUUUUAUUGCUACCGCUGAUUUUGAUCAAUUACGUUAGGAAUCUGAAGUUACUGGCGCCGUUCUCCACCCUUGCGAACAUAAUCACGUUCGUUGGAUUGGCUAUGAUCCUGGUUUACAUGUUUAAAGAUUUGCCGCCGGUUAGUGAGAGAGAGAUGUUCGGUACACUGAGAAAUUUCUCGCUUUAUUUCGGCACGACGUUGUUCGCUUUGGAGGCUGUCGGGGUGAUCAUCGCGCUGGAGAACAAUAUGAAGACCCCGCAGUAUUUCGGUGGAUACUGCGGUGUCCUGAACAUAGGAAUGACGGUGAUCGUGGCCCUGUAUAUUCUUAUGGGGUUCUUCGGUUACAUAAAGUACGGGGACAAGGCUGGCGGCAGUGUUACUUUCAAUUUACCCGCGGAUGAAGUAAUGGCACAGAGCAUCAAGAUCAUGUUCGCUAUCGCAAUUUUUAUCACUCAUGCUCUUCAAGGAUACGUUCCUGUUGAUAUCAUUUGGAACACUUACUUGGAUCAGAAAGUACAGAAACGAAAAUUAUUUUGGGAAUACGUAUGCCGGACAGUUAUCACUUUAGCGACGUUCACGUUGGCCAUAGCUGUACCCAGGUUGGGUCUCUUCAUCUCCCUCUUCGGGGCUCUCUGUCUCUCCGCCCUUGGCAUCGCUUUCCCAGCAAUCAUCGAGAUCUGCGUCCUCUGGCCAGACAGAGAAUUCGGCCCGUGCAUGAUUAUGUUCUUGAAGAACAUUUGUCUGAUCGUAUUUGGUCUCCUGGGUCUUGUGAUAGGCACCUACGUCAGCAUUGUCGACAUCGUCAACUCCUUCAAGUGAAACUUGUGUAAGAUCAGGCAGGAACAAUUGAAGGAAAGCAGACGAAGAGAGAGAGGCGAGUAAGAGGUGGAGGGAAAUGUUAUGUAGCUUCUCGUCUCAGUUUAGCUUAAACACCGGUGAUUUACAGGGAAAGCUCCUGAAAUGAUACCCUCCUAUUCCCAGAAGUCAAAUUCCAGAAGAAACUUUCAAAUUUAUUUUGAAUUAAUAAAGAUCCGAAUUCGUUGUUUCACGCUUAAUAUUGCUACUAAUACAAUGAUCAAAUUGUUAGAUUUAAAAUGUAAAAUCUGAGGAUACCACCUCGGGAGCUUUUCUUGUUAGGUAGACAGUACAACGCAGGGUGCAGAGGGUCUUUUAGAAAAUUGCGAGCAGACCAGCACACCUUAAACAAAGUUUUUAGAUGUUUAACUACGACCAGGAGUCGUGUGGUGUUGGGCAAAAUAAGCAUGAAACGGAUGUCGGAUGAUUGAAAGAAUCACUGGUGGAAAUCAAGUAAUUUGUAUUUUGCAUGUGCUUAUUGGUGGUGGUGGUGUAAUAUUAAGUUGUUCAGAAAAUCUUCAUCAUCGAUCUUCAUCAUAGAACUUUCUCAAAAAUAAGAGCCAAGAUUUUCUGGACAAUCUAAUACAGUUGUUUGACAAAUUUUCAUGUAUAUUCGUAUGAUGGGAUUAAGUAUGUUAAAAUAAUGCAUUUCUUUGCAAAGUUAUUCGAAUAAGCAAAGGAGAAUAAUUGAUUAACAGGUUUUAAUUUUAAUAAGAUUUUUGAACCUUAAGGUUGACUAUCUAUACGGGUGCAACGUAGGUUUCUCUUGCUUAAGGGAAAAAAGUAGAGAAAGGCACCCUAGGAAAUCCUAGGGAGAGCCUAAGUUGCACACGACCGUACAUCGUCCAGUAUAGUGGCCUUUUGUACAUAAGAACUGUUUUAUUACUGCUUAUUUCUUCAAUGAUUCUUAAACAUGACUUACAAUUCAACAAUCUGCAUAAAAAACAUAAGAUUUCUAUGAAACUAUAUAAUAAACAUAAGGCUAAAGAAAUAUUUCCCUUUUGAAUUAGGGAUUCGAAACAUCAAAUUAGACUGCAUAUUACGCUACUUAAAGGUGUUAAUUAGAAUGAUAUAUAAAGACGAUGCCUAUACCAAUUUCUAAUUGCUCGUUAGUCGCACUGCCAAAGAGUAAUUCGGCAGAGAAAUCUUCUCUGACUGCCUCUUUUUAUCUGAAAGUAUUUUAAGCGAAUAGAGCUAAAUAGACAAUUUAUAAAAAUAACAUUAGAUAACUCUUAAAAGGUGAAAUUGAAAUUUUCCUAUUCGAAAGGGAAAAUUAACACGAUAGAUAGAUAGUUUCAGCAAUUAACACUCUAACAGUUAGUGUCACGAAUUAGUGAUUUAAGUUUCGACAAAUAUUUUGCUAUUCGAUUUCCAUCAACGUGACUGACUUUCGUCUGAUCAUCAACCUGAAAUUAAACACCGCGUAACUUUAUUUUUUUUUUUAUAAAUAAUGCCCAGCACUAAACAGUAUACAAAGAAACUUGUGAUCGAAGACUUUGUACAGGAAUAAAAAGUUGCAUUUCUAUCAAAUUGUUGAUCAUCGUUGAACGAGUGAGGGAGAUCUCUCCAUUCGGUUGGCUAAGUGUUGAUAAAGGGUGAAAGAGUUGAAUGAUUCCAACAAUAAGAGAUAAAAAAGCGUAGUCCAUCGUUAUGCCUUAUUUUUUAUUCGACAAGCUCGAGUACAACGAUUCGCAGCUGCGAACCAAGUAGAACAGGUCGAAGUUGAAAGUUGACACCGUGAAAAUAAAAUAAAUAAAUGUAAAUCGCUACUUCUGUACCGUCACUGCCGGCAACUCGAUCACGAUGAUAAAUAUCGUACGAAUCGUCGAUCGAUUCGAUCCGAUGAAAAGGAUUUUUCCUCUUUUCUUUUAUCUAUUUUCUUUUUCCAAUUAUUCAACAGUGCUGUGACGAUCGCACAAUUAUUUAGGAUGUUUAUUCGUUUCUAUUUUAUUCCUCAUUGUUGGAUAAUCCAAGGAAAAAUUGAAUUAUCGAUAAACGAUCGUCAGGUUUUGUAGAUUUCUAAAGGUUUUCGUUAUAGAUCUGCAUUUUCUGUGUACAUUUUAAAGUUGGAAAUUUUUUGUUCUCUUUUUGGUCAGUGUAUUUCUGAUAAUAAUAAACCCUCUAUUCUUACCUGGA